CUUCUAUGGCAACAAGAUAACUAAUGGACUUGAUGAUGGCCAUGAUGUUGUGUGCGCUUGUCAUCGUCCCUUCAACCCAUCUGCAUUCCAUUACGACGCACAUCUACGAACAAAAAUGCUCGCUCUUACGCGUCCUGUGAGCACACUCCGCACCAGAGGCCUCUCUGCCUUGGGUUCCGUUGCCGGAAGGAGAACAAAGUACACUCUUCCCGACCUUCCAUAUGACUACAAUGCGCUCGAACCCUACAUUUCUGCCGAAAUCAUGCAACUUCACCACUCCAAGCACCAUCAAGCUUAUGUGAACGGCAUCAACCAAGCUGAGGAAAAGUUCUUUGAGGCCAAGGCCAAGAACGAUCUGAAGGAGCAGAUUUCUCUGCAACCCCUUCUGAAAUUCAACGGAGGCGGUCAUAUUAACCACAGCAUCUUCUGGACGAAUCUCGCUCCAAAUGGCAAGGGGGGCGGUGAACUUCCCAAAGGCGCCCUUUUGAACGCCAUCAACUCUGAAUUCGGGUCCAUUGACGAGUUUACGAAAAAGUUUAGCGCCCAGGCGGCUGGUGUGCAGGGUAGUGGUUGGGGUUGGUUGGGAUUUAACAAAGCGACCAAGAGACUCGAGAUUGCUACCACACCUAACCAGGAUCCUUUGACGACUUUGGUACCGUUGUUGGGGGUGGAUGUAUGGGAGCACGCGUACUACCUGCAGUACAAGAACGUUCGCCCCGACUACCUGAAGGCGAUCUGGAAGGUUGUUAACUGGAAGAAUGUAGCCGAGCGUUAUGCGGCUGUCGCGUGAUAGAGCAACCAUGCCUUUAAGCAGUGGCCAAUCCUGAUGAAUUGACUGAAUCCCAACAAGGAUUUGUUGAGCCAAUAAAUACAAUCUCAUUAUAUCCCAACUAAAAUACACUUCCCAAAGCUUCAAACCAUGCCAAC